AGAUUUCCAGGCUGCAAUGGGAGGAGGGCUUUGCCUCUUCUUGAGGGAUGAAUAAAUAGGUAGCUGUAGAGACAACCUGUGCACAUUCAGGUUGAAGUGAGAAGCAGACCAAGGCCUGCUCAUCGGCUGCUGGAGACUCGGUUCUGGUGGCAUGGAGAGGACCCUUGUCUGUCUGGUAGUCAUCUUCUUGGGGACAGUGGCCCAUAAGUCAAGCCCCCAAGGGCCAGAUCGCCUCCUGAUUAGACUUCGUCAUCUUAUAGACAUUGUUGAACAGCUGACAGUCUAUGAGAAUGACUUGGAUCCUGAACUUCUAUUAGCUCCACAAGAUGUAAAGGAGCACUGUGAGCAUGCAGCUUUUGCCUGUUUUCAGAAGGCCAAACUCAAGCCAUCAAACACUGGAAACAAUAAGACAUUCAUCAUCGACUUAGUGGCCCAGCUGAGGAGGAGGCUGCCUGCCAGGAGGGCAGGAAAGAAACAGAAGCACAUGGCUAAAUGCCCUUCCUGUGAUUUGUAUGAGAAAAAAACACCCAAAGAAUUCCUAGAAAGACUAAAAUGGCUCCUUCAAAAGAUGAUUCAUCAGCAUCUUUCCUAGAACACACAGGACGAAAAGAUUCCCGAGGACCGGAAGGUUCCCGAGGACCGGAAGGUUCCCGAGGACCCAAGGAGACACCAGACACUAUAGAUGCUCACGAACGCAGGAGUCCAUCUUGCUUCCUGGGAUUGCGAGUGGAGAAGUACGAUUUAUUAUGAUAGGAACAACUCAGAAAAGCUGCAGGUUAAGAUCCUUUUGCCCAUUUACUGCGCAGGCAUUGCGGUUCCCUGCACAGACUCCAUGCUGUCAACAUGGGAACUCUCUUCUCAACGAGAGCCCAGCUUCCGUUUCAGGGAUUUCCGGGACUCUCUAGUCCUGGCUUCAUCUUAUUGCCCAACUGUGACAUUCUUUGAUUGGAAGGGGAAAAUGAAAGAUUCUAACUGAAAAUACAGCUAGAGAAUUUGUUGGUCUGCAAGAAUAAGACCUAUUAUGAUCCUAACUGAAUGAUGUAAGCUGAAAAUACAUAAGCAUAAGAUGAAAUUGAAAAUUGAAGUCUUUAUUUUUAAGAAAAACUUUGUACUUGAAAGCAUGUCUGAAAGGUUUACUUGUUGCCACUAGCAUCUAGCACAUCGAUAACUAACCUAUUUAUACUCUACAAGAGAGGUUUUCCAGAUGGGUACUAACAGUUUUUCUUCUCAAUUAGGUCUAUCAAAAACCUUUAAGGACAGUAGAAUUUAACCGACUUAUGAGGUUCACCCCUGGCCUUCACUGUUUUUCUAAAGUGGUAAGGGUGUAUUAAGAAGCAGGCUUAACUUGCCUUUCUCCCAAUGUCAAGUCCCUUUAUAAGCUAAUAGUUUAAUCUUGGGAAGAUGGUAGCCAAAACCUGUGGAAGGACAAACAUCACCAGUCUUCUGGAGCCAAAUAGAGUUUUCAAGUUUGUAGCUCUCACCUCAAGUGGUUAUGGGUGUGUGUGAUGAAUCUGCUAACUCCAGCCUCACUCUCCUCUCCUUUCCUUCCUUUCCUCUGUGUAAAAUGAGACUUCUAAGAAAAAACAUUCCAAACAAGUUCAGCACUUAAGACAUAUCGUUAAAUUCAACCUUCUAUUUAAAACCAAAACCAGGAGAUAAGUCAAGAGACCAGAGCUUCUGUCCCAGUUUUAAACAGACUUGUACCUAGCAUUCCAAACUUUUAACCACAGAGGCUAAACUCAGCAAAUUUGCUAUAAAUUCCAUUUGAUAUAAAUUCCUAUAAUAUGUUUCAAUGUCAAGUUAAGAAGUCUAGAAAGCUAUUUUCCCUGGAAUAGGAGAAUCUCUUUGAGAAUUUCUUAUUGUUAAAAUGGAUCUGAGAUUCCAAGCAUGGCCUGGGGGAAGGCUUUGCUCUAAGGGAAAAGUGUUUGUAUUUCAAAGUGCCUUUAAAACACAGACACGGUGUACCGCUCUAAGAUAGAGCUGACUACUGUUAAUGAAUUCCCAGAAAAGUGUCGCAAUCAGAAUCAACACAUUCUCUUAAAUGUUUAAAAUAUGUAUUGCAAAGAAAUUAAGUAACUGUAAAUGUGUGGCUCUUGAUAACAUUAUACACAUCUAGCCCACAUACGUGUCCACUGGUGCUAGCAGGGCUUGCUGAGCGUGCUGCUCGAAAGCUGAAGGAGAGAUGCAGUCCUUCAGAAAGCAGGGAUGGAGAGAGAAGGGAUCUCCAUGUUUUAUUCUGUUGUUGUUUCUGGCUGUAUAACUGUUGACUUCUUGACACUGUGAUUUUUUAUAUUUAAGACAAUGUAUUUAUUUUGGUGCGUUUAUUGUUAGAAAAUCUGUUCUAGCCUUUCAAAUCACUGACCAUUUCUACUCUAGAAGUACAAAUAAUUCAAUGCAGCACAGGCUAAGAGCGUGUAUAGUUUGGAAAUGCCAAUAAACGCUUUUCCACUAGCCAUGGGAAAGCUAUGCUUUAGAAUAAACUAAACUAGAUGAAAUUGCACAGCAGCCUUGAACCUCUCUGUGCUCAAGACUCAGCCAAUCCUUUGACAUUAUCGUUUACUGUGGGUGGGAACACAUUGGACCUGUUACACUUGGUGACCAUGGAGGUCGACACUUGUGUAAGAUACUUUGGUUUUCAUUUUCUUAUCUGUAGAACAGGAAUGUGGGGCUUUCCUAAGUCUAUUCCGUAUUCUGGUUUUUUGAGCUUUGUAUGUCUGAGUUUUAAUGUUUUGAGUACUCUUACAGGAACACCUGAUCACACUUUUGAGUUAAAUUUCAUCCUGAGUGUGCUAUUUAGUUGCUCAAAAAGGA